AUGGGGGUUGACAUGCCAUACAUUCAGCAGCAACGGGAGGAGAAAUGCGAGGGCGAGGGGAGAAGGGCGCUGGAGAUGUUCCGCUUCAACCUGGAGAGGAAGGACUGGACCCUGGAGGUAGAUUAUGGCGACGACGGAAUCACCGUCAAGACUGCGUUCGACCGAGAGGCGAAUAUACAUAUUCUCUUGACCGAGGCCUCUCUGGAUUUCGAGUGUGACCAGAUGAUCCAAGAAAUGCAAAACCAUGCAUGGGAAGCCACCGUCGACUGGUACUCCGAAAUUAAAGAGUGCAAGAUCGUUCAGCGACUGACAGACACAUGCUGGGUGAUUUACCAAAUGACGCAGCCGAAAUUCGCUGGCCUCAUCGCCAGUCGAGACGUAGUCUUCCUCCACCGGCUCGACAAAAUCGGUGAUACCUAUUUCGCCUCCACGAGAACCACGGAGUGGCCGGGGCUGGAACCGAGGAAGGAGGUGGUCAGAGUGGAAGUGCUCGAAGGAAGCGGGAUGUCAUUCUCACCCGAUCCGAAGCAGAACGCGACGAGGACAUUCACGCGCUGGGUCACAUCAGGGGACAUGAAGAUCCCUUUCGCCCCAAUGCCCAUUCUCCUCAAGGCUUAUGCGGAAGGAUGCAGGCAGUACAUCCUCAGCUUGCGGAAGUACUUGUCGGCCAGGCAACAGCUGAAUCUCACUCCAAAUGAACUCAACCAGUCAGAGCUCUCGACGAUCUGGAAUUUCGUGAUGGACAUUCUCUGCAGUCACUCUAAUGACUCCCCUGGAUACGAGAAAUGCGAGGGCGAAGGGGAGCGGGCGCUGGCAAAGUUACGCUUCAACCUGGAGAGGAAUGACUGGACUCUGGAAUGGGAUUACGCCGAGGAGGGAAUCACCGUCAAAUCCGCGUAUGAUCGAGAGACGAACAUACUCAUCCUCUUGGGAGAGGAGUUCCGCAAGCGUCACGACCCACAUGAAUACUCAACGUGA